GUGACCGGCGCCAUUUUGUAAGAAGACAUCUGCCGCUUGCGGAGUUGAGGAGGAAGACGUUAGGAGCGGAGCCCCCCUCCGUCCUGUCAGCCCGCCGUCUCAUGAUGCCGUGUGGGCGGCUUGCUGUACACCUCACCGCCUAAUCCCCCCCCCCUGUCCUGUCAGGGACUCCCAGCCGUAUUCGGCCUCCGUCAACAAUGGCGGCCGACGAAGCGCGAGAGGACGCCUGUCGGGAUUAUCAGUCCUCCCUGGAGGACCUGACUUUCAACAGCAAGCCUCACAUCAACAUGCUGACCAUCCUCGCCGAGGAGAACGUCCAGUUCGCCCGGGACAUCGUCACUCUUAUCGAAGCGCAAAUCGCUAAGGCGCCUAGCACAGAGAAGCUUCCAGUCAUGUAUCUCAUGGAUUCCAUUGUUAAAAAUGUCGGAAGAGACUAUCCUGCAGCGUUUGCUAAAAACAUAGUUCCCACGUUUGUUAAUGUGUUUGAAAAGGUGGAUGAAAACACUAGAAAAAGUUUAUUUAAAUUACGGACCACCUGGGAUGAAAUAUUUCCAUCCAAAAAACUCUAUACACUUGAUUUGCGGGUCAAUCAAUUGGACUCGGCAUGGCCCGUUAAACCUUUACCUCCAAAUGUGAAUUCGCCCAGUAUCCAUGUGAAUCCAAAAUUUCUUAAACCAGAAGAAGCCUCUACAAAUGCCAUCUCAGCACCAAAAACAGCACCUCGUGCCCCACCUGUUCACGCUGAUGCACAGAAGCUGGUGCAAUCCCAGGAGCAGAUAAUCCGGCAGCAAUUGCUGAUAAAGCAGAAACAGUUGUUAGAGCUUCAACAAAAGAAGUUAGAACUGGAAUUGGAGCACACAAAGGCUCAGCUGGCAAGCAGUACGAGUUCGGUACCUGCAAAGCCCCAAGUUGUGCCAGAGGUUCUUCGUCCUCCAAAGGCUUCGCUGCUGCCUACCCUGACUCAUAAGGAAAAGGAGAGAGUGUUGGCGCCUCCACCGCCUGUUGAAAAACCUGCAGUGCCAACCAGAGACCCUCGACUUAACAGAGGCAGUCAACAUUCUACACCUUCUAAGGACCAAGGGUCUAAAAAAGACGUCAAAGCGAACCUACAUCCACCAGAGUCUAAACCUGCAAAACCUGUAGCUAUUGAGAAAGUAAGCUCCUCUACAAGACAAGAAAAGAGCAAAACGAGUGACAAAUUACCCAAAAAGGAACCCACAGCGCACACAGAACAUAAAGGUAAAUCCAAGUCCCCUUCUCCUAUGAAAGCAAAAUUACCUCAUGCAAAGGACUCAAAGUCCGCAGUUUCUGAUACAAAAGAACCUGACUUAAGUAAGCGAGAUCCAAGACUACGCAAAAACAGUCGAGAUAAAACUGAUGAGAAACCUGCAGAAAUAAAGGAAAAAAGGCGAAGUACAGAGAAAAAAGAGGAUCACAAAUCUUCAGAGCAUCGUCCGUCUGGGAACAGGAGCAAGAUUGCUAAUGGCUUGCAGAAAAGUGAACCCAGUGACGCUGAUAAACAAGCUACAAAACCUAGCAGAGCCCCUGGUCGAAAGAGAUCACGGUCACGCUCCCCAAAGACUCGAUCACCAGUGCUGUCGCCUAAGAGGAGAGAGAGGCGAUCGCCACCCAAAAGAAGACAACGAAGCCUAUCCCCUAUUCCUUCACUUCUAAAGAUUGGCAAGGUGCGCCCAACUGGUGGCAAACUGCCUCAUUCGGAAGAGUUUCCACCAAGUACACGAGAUGAGCGAAGUAAAAGAAUCCCUAAACUAGAUCCCCGGGACAACAGGAGGCAGAAGAAGAGCUCUGAGGAAAGGCAGCAGGAUCCUGCAGCUCCGACUUCUAUGAGGUCCAGCUUGGAGCCAAAGGAAAAUGUGGAGAACUGGCAAGAAUCAAAAACCAGCAAAAGAUGGAGGUCUGGCUGGGAAGAAAAUAAAACCUCACAAGGCGCUGAUCACCAUCAGGGGAACAGAACCCCACAUGCAAGACAUCGAGACAACUGGCCUAACAAGGGUAUCCUCUCACCUCGGACGCCAAAGCAACAGGACUGGCUGAGUGCAGAUGCCGAUCUACAAAUCCCUAAGGAGUUAACGAGAGCAAGCAAGGGCGAAUUACUUAAAAAGGCGAACGAGCGUCUGGCAUCAGGCGAAAUCUCUCAGGAUGACUUCCUGGUCGUGGCUCAUCAAAUUCGACAACUCUUUCAGUACCAAGAAGAGAAACGCAGAUCCAGUGUUUGGGACAGUCCCACGGACGACACAAAAGGUGGUGGCCGAAAGAAGCCGCUCCUCUCUAGUGCGGACUUGAAUUAUUACCAGCAUAAAGCUAAGCUGAGAAGAACACAUGUUCAGCAUUUCAUGGAAGAAGGGUUCAUGGAUAUUGAUGAUAUAGAUUUUGAUGGAAGAGAAAGUGAACGUGAUUUGAUCCAAGGCCGUCUGUCACCAGGAAUAAGACCUGACAGUGAUGAUCUUGUCCAUGAUGGUCUCGGGAGACUUGAUGAACAGAAAGAUCUUUCUAUAGGCUUAAGAGAAGACCAGAGGCAGCCAUACAAUGAACCAUAUCCCCUCAAGAGAUCCCGAUAUAAUGAAACUGAGCCGAAUUUUGUAGAUGAUAAAGCACUCCUUGGGAAGGACAACCUGCUUGUUGGCCUGCGUGAGGAGAGAAGACCGUUGCUUGAGACCCCACCACUAUUACCUGUCAGAGGAGAUGGUCUUGGUGGUAAAGGAUUCGAAGAUCCUACCAAUGUGUUGAAUGCAAGAACAGAAUCUCCUGCAAAGUCCUGCACGCUUUUUGAAGGCACAUCAGGUCAGCGUGACCCCCUUUUUAAAAGCGAAUUAGUUGAUGACCCAAGGUUUGAAAAAUUGGGUGGGCAGCUAGUUAACCAACCCAUGAGAUUUGAAGAACAGACUCUAAUUAUUACUAAUCCACCAGUCGACAGCCAAAGGAUGGAUGUCCUACAAGGUCCACUUUUAGGUCCACAGAGAUUUGAAGGACCCCAGAGUAGACACAUGGGAGCUCCAAUGUUUGAUGGUACUCCUGGUCAACCAGGGGCACCAAUGCGAUUCGAUGGCAUGCAGCCAUCAAGAUUUGAAGGCGGGUUAGGUCCACAAAGGUUUGAUAAUGGAUCCGGACCACAGAAUUUUGAUGGCAAUCAAAGAUUUGACGGUCCACAAAGGUUUGAAGGGCCUCAGAGAUUUGAUGGUGGAUUAGGACCUCAAAGAUUUGAUGGCCCUCCCAGACCAUUACUACAACAGAGAUUUGAUGGUCCACAAUGCACACCUAUGAGGUUUGAGCAACCAAUACGAUUCGACACAGUGAUUGGGCAACCUAUGGGUUCAAUGCCCUUUGAUGGGCCACAUGGUCCCCGGUUUGACACCGGUCCAGGACCCAGGUUUGACGGGCCUCCUGGACCAAGAUUUGACGGACCUUCUGGUCCUAGGUUUGAUGGGCCACUCGGUCCAAGAUUCGACGGCCCUCCAGGUGGAAGGUUUGAUCCUGGUCCUCAAGCUUUGAUGAGAUUUGAUGGACCAAUGGGCCAGAAUGGGCCAAGAUUUGAAAGUCCACAAUUGCACAGAUUUGAAAACCAGUCGCCUCACAUGUCAAGAUAUGAUGUUAUCCCAGGGCAGCCAUGUCAAAGAUUUGAUGGUCCACCUGGGCACCAGACACCACCAAGGUUUGAUGGACCAAUGCAAAUGCAGCCACGGUUUGAUGGACUCAUGCCUCAACGAUUUGAUGGUCCAAAUCAGCAGCCACGGUUUGAUGGGCCUUCUGUACACCCUGGACCACGGUUUGACAAUGUAAAUCCACCUGUUAGGCAAAAUGUUCCACCCUUUGGACAGACUGUACCCUUUGAUCAUCAAAAUAUGUUUCCUCGGCAAUUUCAAAGACCCGAUCAGAGGUUUGAUAUGCCGCAGGGCCCAGGGUUCCCUGGUGGUCCAGCAGCCCCUGGAGUGCAGGCAUUUCCUAACCAACUGCAAAGGCCAGCUGGACCUUACUUUGAUGAUAAAAAUCCACAAGGACCUGGAUUUGGACACUUCAAUAUGCCUGUCGGAAAUAUGCAGCCAAAUCCACAGUUCCAGCCUAUGGACGGUAUGGGCCAGCCAGCACCUUUCACCCAAGAACCUCUGCCCCCAGCACAAAUGCCCGGAGUGUUCACAUCCAACCAGCCAGGGGCUGCAUUUCCAAAUCCAGAAAACCACUUGGGUCAGCUGGAUGUUAAUGAACUGUUUUCCAAGCUGCUUUCCACGGGAAUACUUAAAGCAUCUCAGACGGAAAACACUUCCUCUCAAGCAACUGAACCGUCUAGUCAGUCUACUCAUGAAGAUGAAGAAGAUGACCCUUCAGAGGAUCAGGAUGUUCCGGACCUCACUGGCUUUGCUAUGGAAGAUCUGAAACAUCGCCAUGAGAGUAUAAUAAUCCGUUUGUACACUGGCAUCCAGUGCUACUCCUGUGGGAUGAGGUUUACAAAAUCUCAGACUGAUAUCUAUGCCGACCACUUGGACUGGCAUUACCGACAAAACAGAACCGAGAAGGAUGUCAGCAGGAAAAUAACCCACCGCAGAUGGUACUACAGCCUGAAGGAUUGGAUAGAAUUUGAGGAAAUUGCAGAUUUGGAAGAAAGAGCUAAAAGUCAGUUCUUUGAAAAAGUACACGAAGAGGUGAUAUUAAAAACUCAGGAGGCUGCCAAGGAGAAGGAGUUUCAGAGCGUGCCAGCUGGGCCUGCCGGGGCAGAUGAGAUCUGCGACAUUUGCAAAGAGCAGUUUGAACAGUAUUGGGAUGAGGAGGAGGAGGAGUGGCAUCUGAAGAACGCCAUGCGUGUCAAUGAAAAGAUUUUCCAUCCCUCUUGUUAUGAAGAUUAUAAAAAUACGUCCUCCUUUUUAGACUGCACACCGUCCCCUAGUAAAACGCUCCUAGAAAACCCACUGAACGCCAUGUUAAGGCUUGUCAAAGAGGAAGUGGCAGACACUUCCGACACCGCAGUCAGAGUAAAGGAGGAGCCCUCUGCCGACGCUGCCACACAAUGUGCCCAAACCAUACCCCUGUUAACGGAGAUCAAACCAGAACCCGACGAUCCGGUUUAAAUCUGCGCCUUGUACAGAGCUCCACGAAAGUGAAGAACCUCUAACUGGGGCGGGGCCCCGGUUAACUAUUUGGUUACUGAAUACAUUUUUGUAUUUGAUUUUUCUUAUGCUGCCUGCACAGUUUCAUGUGUGUAAAAAAAAUAACAUUCUGUAAAUGUGCGCAGAUUAUAAAAUCUUAGAAAAGAGAGGUAUUGUAUGAUUUUCACCUGACUGUAAAUUAUAAAUAAAAUUAUUUUUGCUAUACAUGGAGUGUAAUGUUUAUGCACACCAUUCAGAGGUUCAACAUACAGAAAGACUAAUAAAAAAAACUGCUUUACAUUUAUUUGGAAAUGUAAUUUUUGAAGAUUUUUCUUAGAUGGGUGUAAUAAAAUGGCAACUUUAUUUUUUUUUUUCUUUAUGCGGAGUAUAUAGGACGAGUGACUUUCCUGUGUUUGGUUUAGUGUAGCUUUAUUUAUGAAUGGGGGCAGGAUGAUGAAUACCUGCACAGGUAACGAGGAAAUGAACACUUUAUAUAGAAGAAUGAAAAAGCCACAAAGCGAGAAGCUUGUAGAUACCAAGGCCAUUUCUCCAACCCUACAGCUGCUUUCUUUUCAGUGUUCACCUUUUUGAAUGCUUUCAGUACAAAUUAAAUGUUAACAUUGAAUUACUAAUAAACGUAUAGAAUGAA